CACGUGCGCGCGCGCGCACACACACACACACACACACACACACAGAGAGAAUGAGAAUGCGACAAAAAAGUUAAAGGAGAGAAAGGUAGUGCACAGUCUGGAUUUUGAAAUGUAUGCUAAAUUUUGUGUGUAUUUAUGGUAAACAGACAUAUAGCAAGUGUGUGAAUUGCAGGACAACAGGACUUUAAGUCAGGCUGAGAAGGGAGAGAAAGAGAGUGAGAGAAAGGGAAAGGGAAAGGGAGAGUGGAAGCUGCCAAGAGCAGUGAAAAAGCACAAACCAGGAAAGGACUUUCUCUUCAUCAUGGGCAAGUCAGCCUCAAGGGUAUUUAGUGAGGAGGUGCUGAAGUCUCAUAAUGAGUAUAGAAAAAAACAUCAAGCACCGCCAUUGAAACUCAGCAACAAACUUUGCAGAGAGGCGACGAGAUAUUCAGAGAGUUUGGCUAGCACCAGGAUUUUAAAGCACAGCGUUGAAUCAAGUAGAGGAAACUGUGGAGAAAAUCUAGCCUGGGCGUCUUAUGAUCAAACAGGAAAGGAUGUGUCCGAUCGCUGGUAUAAUGAGGUGAACCAGUACAACUUUAACCAGCCUGGAUUCUCCUCUGGAACUGGUCACUUCACUGCGAUGGUGUGGAAGGGCUCAAAAAAGCUGGGUGUUGGUAAAGCUGUUGCAUCUGAUGGGUCCACAUUUGUGGUGGCUCGCUAUUUUCCUGCUGGUAAUAUAACUAAUCAGGGCCACUUCCAAGCUAACGUCCUUCCUCCUAAGAGCUGAUCCUGGAAUGGUUGUGGAGAUAGAGGUCGGAGAUCAUGGGCUGUUAGGGUCAAUUGGAGACAGGUCUGAAAGCAGUGAAUUGCAGCACUAUAGGGCUAAGCAUUAUCAAACACACUGAUGCCUUACAGUCUGGUUGGCCUUAAAAUGUUAGAAUUUUUUUCAGAAUACUAAGCUUUGUCCAUGUUCACAGAUAAACCUGAAAAUUGUAAUAUCCUCAGAUCACUGUAAGAUUAUUGAGCUCAUAUAUGUGCCUAGGUAUUUUUAGACAUGUAAGUUCAGACAUGUAACCCCGCAGUGUGUCUCUCUCAUACACACACACCCACGCACAUAGUCUCUUGUAUUAAUGUUAAAGGUGAAAUUUAAAUUCAAGGAGAAGCUCUAAAUGUCCUCAUAAGAGUGGCACAGUAUCACAGCUUAACACUGAAUAAAUACCUGGGAUGUUUUAAAAUGUUGUCUGCUUUACUUUAAAGAAAAAGCCAGUGUUUUGUCUGUAUUGUUUCACAUUUGUGGUUUGUAUGACAUUAAACAUUUAAACUGUUUAAAA